CUUACAGAUGCUUUUUCAUUGAAAUUGAAACGAAACCUAUACCAGAAGUGGUUGAAAGCCAUUCAUGGUUCAACUAUCUAGCCUUCUGAAGCCGUGCGAUCGGAAUUGAUCGCUUUCGUCCAGAUAGAACAGCAAAUUAAAACAAUGGAUGUAGGGGACGAAGCAACAUUAGCAAACAAAGAAGAGGAUGACGAUGGACAAUCGGAUCAACAAGAUAACAAUGUUGAAGAAUUCAGUGAUCAGGAAAACGGUGGUUCAUCUGUAGAAGGAGAACGUUUUAGUGAUUGUGAAGAUCCUGUCUCAUCCACAUUAGAUCAUCAGGAUGGAGACCAAGUGAAAGAAAGCGACUUAGCAAGUAGAUUUGAUGAAAAAUUUGAUCAAUUGUCUGAGAACAAGGAGGAGGGUUCUGAAGACAGUAAGGGACAGGAAACUAAAGAAUCUGACCAUGAUGAUGAAAGUCAGGAAAAUGAUGCAGAAGAUGGUGAGAGCCAGGAAGAAGUGUUAGAGGAAGGAAAUGCAGAUGUUUCAGAAGAAAGGAAUGCAGAUGAUGUAUCAAGUCAGGAAGAUUUUCAUGAAGAUGAUGAAUCUAUUGAGGAUGACACGAAAAAAAAUGGCAAGGAAUUCAAUGAAAUUUGGAAUCAGAAUGAUAUGCAUGGAGACAUUGUAGCAGAUAUUCAAAGUCAGGAAGAUGAAGAUAAGGAAAUAGACGAGGAAAGUCAAGAUCUAGUAGAGAGCUCUGGGGAAGUAAACAUCAUCACAGGUGACAAGGAGAUUGGAGAAAUAGAUGAAGAUGAUGAAGAUUUCAGUGUAGGUGAUGUAAAAGAGCUUGAUGGUGAUGACGAUGAUGUUAGCCAAGAAGAAAUGCAAGUUCUUGACAAGGAAUCUUUUGAAGAGUUAUGGAAAAAGGAGGCAGAUUCUGGUGGACAGUUGGAAGAGGAGGCUAGUGUAGCUUUACCAGGGGAUAAAAGUAAUGUUAUACAGGAGAAUAGUGAUAAUUUACCCGAUUCUACAACAUUUGAUACAAAUCCGACUGGAGAUUCAGAGUAUAAUACAAAUUCAGUGACAAAUAAUUACCCAACUGAUGAUUAUAAUGAUAUUAAAGAAGUACAACCAGAUAAAGGAGACAGUGUUAAUGACAAUGAGGAAAUUAGUGACACUGAAGGAGAUUCUAUAGGUUCCUCAUUGUAUGAUGAAAAUGAAGGUAAAGACACUAAGGACUUUGAUGAGGAAAGUGCUGGCUCACGAGAACAAUUUAAUGAUACUAGCUUUGUCUGUAGUGAUAAUGUUGAUAAUGAGGAUACCCCAGUGAUGGACGAGGGGGAAAUGGACACUGGUGAAGUUUAUAGCAAUGAAAAUGCCACUGACAGUGACAUAGUAAAUAAUGAACAUAUAAAGGAUGUAUCUCGAGAAUCUGAUGUAGGACAAGAAAAUGACAUGAGUUCCGAGGGAGAAAUUGGUGAUGAUGAAGAUGAACUUAAAGAUGGAGAUGAAAAUGCUAGUUCUGAUGGAGAAAUUAAUGAUGAAGGUGAUAGGAAUGAUGAAAAAAUGAACAUUUAUGAAAAUGAAAAAGAUGAAGAAAGUAGAUCUGUUCCAAUAAGUGAAGAUGAAAGAGAUAGUGUGAAUGAUGUGGAAGAAACUGUUGAGGGUGAAACAGAGUCUUAUGGGAAGUCGAUUGACAGUUCAGUUGAUCAAAGAAUUUCUCAGAGCACUACUGGUCAGUUUAGUGUAGAACAAGGGGAUAGUGACAAGGAUGAGGAAUGGAACACUCUUGACUUGGAAAAGGAGACACCAAGUCACAUCAGCGAAGAUACAAACAGGCUAGAAAUGCAGAAAGACAGAGCAGAGAAGAAUGUAGAACCAGAGGACAUCGAUUCUCCAGAGGAAACAGAGGAUAUAGACUCACCAGAGAGUGACAUGGACGAGGAAGAAGGAGAGGUUGAAGCCGAUAAUCCAGCUUCACCAGUAACGGAAGAUGAACAGAAGGAGGAAGUCAAUAAACAAGAGGAAAAUGAGAACAUCUACAACGAUGUGUCUGAUGAGGAGGAGUCCUACAGCGAUGAUGAAGAGGAGGCUGUUCCAGUCAGGAAUAUGGUGGACACUAGAGUGGUCAGCCGGAAAGAGGAGACGCAAACUGAACGCCCAAAGUUCACAGAUUUGAGGGAGAAAAUCCGAGAAGGACAGCUUAAGUUGCAGUCUAGUCUUCCAGAAGAUCAUGUUGAAUUGGACUAUGAUGAAGAUGGUAUGGAUGACGUUCCCAAAUCGACAGAUGACACCAACAAGGACAAAAUGGAUGAUAGAGGCAAUGAGGAAGAUGAUAAAAGGGAAGAUGGAGAAGCUUUGUCUGACCGGGAUGAUGGUGAGGUGGAUGAUGAUGAGGAUUGUGAAGAAGGGGAGAUAAAAGAACCAGGAGCAAGGAAACCUUUUGUCAAACCAAUAUGUCGUUUUUACACACGCGGCCAGUGUACUUGGGGAAACAACUGCAGGUUUCUACACCCAGGUGUCAAUGAUAAAGGAAAUUACAGACUCAUAGAGAGACCUGGAUUUGAUAGUCCUACAAAAAAGGGUUUUGGAAAAGGCCCAUGGAACCAAGGGGAGGGAUCUUUUGAUGAAUUACCUCCUCCUCCUAUGGCUCCACAACCUGAGUCAGCAUGGGAACGAGGUCUGAGACAUGCAAAGGAGAUGGUAAAGAAAGCUAGUCAACGGAAGGAAACAGAUGCCAACUUUGAAGACAAAAAGAUGAAUUUAUCAAUUGAGGAAGAUAGGGAAUUCAACAAAGAAAAUGACAGACUGAAGUUUGAUAAGGGGCCAAAAGAUCCCUACUACGAUCAAGUGUAUGAUGACGAGUAUUACGACAAACCUUAUCAGAAUCAACGUCAGCACCAUAACUGGCAGUCUGGUCAGUAUGAGAACUUUGAGGUACGCUGGACACGAGAACCAGAUUGGAUACAACCUGCCAUGCCCCAGCAACAUCAUCAUCGGCCCCCUUCAGACCCCUAUGUACGAGAACGAGAGAAGUAUUCACCGAGGAACCUAUCUCCACCUCCACAACACCACAUAGAAAGGUUUGAACGUCACCGCGAUAAUCGUAGACGAGAGUGGGAAGAUGAACGACCUGAACCACCAAUUCACCAGCACCAACAUCAUCAGCCCCGACCCCGGCCUGCUGACUCAUGGCAUGAUCCCUGGCGAAGGUCAAAGUCACCAAAGAGGAAACCGAGAACAUCCCGAAGUCAUUCCCGAGGACGACGGAGAGCUCGUCGUUCCCAUAGCUAUUCUUCUUCUUUCUCAUCAAGCUCAUUUUCAGGUUCAUCACGUUCAAGGUCAAGAUCUUCAUCUUAUAGUUCAUACAGUAGUCACUCAUCAGCAAGUCGGUCCUCCUCCCCAGGAUCCAGUUCAUACAGUAGUCACUCAUCAGCAAGUCGGUCCUCCUCCCCAGGAUCCAGUUCAUACAGGAGUCACUCAUCAGCAAGUCGGUCCUCCUCCCCAGGAUCCAGUUCAUCUUAUAGUUCAUACAGGAGUCACUCAUCAGCAAGUCGGUCCUCCUCCCCAGGAUCCAGAUCAUCAAAGUCAAAGUCACCUGGUAAAGGUCCAUUAAAACGACCCCAGGGGGGUCCUCGGCCCCAAGGGGGUCCUCCGGGUGACAGGAAAGUAGGCGGUCCUGGAGACAGAGCCAAUGACCAGCCACGUAGUGCUGUGGCUGUAAAGGGCAAACCUCACACGAGUCCAGACAAACGAAGACAUGGUAUGUACCAGGGACCCGGGUCUGCUCCAGGUCCAGGGGGGCCCCCCAAGCAACGAGGUGCCCCUGGCAGUGCCCCUCCAAGACACAUGCCUGCCGCUUCCCAUCCUGGCAGGGCUCCACAACGGGGACCACCCCCCUCCCAGCGAGGGGGUCCACGACGCCCUAUGCAAAAACCACCACCUCGACGCCAUGGUAGUGCCAGCUCCAGUGGCAGCAGUUUGUCACGAUCACGGAGCCGAUCAUCCUCAUCUUCAAGAUCGUCAAGUAACAGCAGCAUGUCUUCGUUCAGCAGUCACACUUCAAGUAGCUCCAGUGGCAGUGCCGACUCGGAGCACCUGUACCGUGGUGUGGGUGAGAGUCCAUCUCCACUCAAACAACGCAAGCCUGCAGCUCCGAAACCAAAGAAAAGAGGUCCCCCUCCUGCGCUCAGGGAUAAAGCAUUGCCCUCUGCUGCAAUGAAGGGGGAUCCAAGAGGAGGAAAAACUGCUAGUCGCCAAGACAACAAAGUGGACAGCUCUAACAGACAGACUGUGUCUGCUCAAAACAAACCCAAGGAUCCCCUCAAGCUUACAGGACAGAAACCAAACAUUAAACUGACCCUUCUCAACAAGGCUCCUUCAGACAAAGGACAGACGAGCAAGAAACGUCCAGCUGAUCAACCACCAGUAGCUCCCCCGUCCAAGAGAAUGGCUCAUGGGCUAGUUGCACCUCUGAAGGCGCCAGAGAAAGUCAUCAAGAAGCCUGAUAAGGUUGUACGACCUACACCUGUAGUGAAACCUAAACCUGCAGCAGCAGCUCCCGUAAAGGCGCCAGCACGUACCCCUAUCUCACCUACCAAGGCUCCGACUAAACCCAGUCUGGCAGCAGCUGCUGCCGCAGCAUCGGCCCUCAGUCAGAAGGAAAAGAAGAGCACUUCUUCACGCCGAGAGGAACUGCUCAAACAGCUCAAAGCUGUUGAAGAUGCGAUUGCUCGCAAACGGUCGAAAAUGUCAUGAUGACCACUUUUUAGUACAUAUUUAUGUCAUUAAUCCGUCAGCCUUACACAGCUUAGAGGACAUCAUGAGUGAGAACAUCGUAAUUGUAGUUCUUUCAAAAAUUAUGACGGCGACUCAACAUGUCAAAGUGAAAUACGAUGUCAAUAUCCAGACAUGCAGCCUUUGUUUAAAAACAGCCAUCUGGGGAGAGGAAUAUGAUGUCAUAUCUGGUCACCCAGGCAUUAUAAAAAAUAGUGGUCUUGUUAGAGAGAUAUAGUGUCAUAUCAGGACACCAAGCUAAAAAUAAGAUCUAGUUGCAGGUGUUCUGAUGAAGAUGGACAUCUUGUAAGAGUGUCAUUUCGAGAUAAUUGAAGGUAUAUAAAGUCAUUCUCGUUUGUUAGAGUGAUAUUGUGUCUUAUCAGGAUGCUUCAAACCCUUCCAGAGGUGACAAAAGGAUGUGGUUAAGAUUAAUACAGCAAAAACUUUUGUUCAAAUGAUUUUAAACUUGGUAUUUUGCCCUUUGUGAUAUUUUCCUUAUAGGCCUUUGAUUGUUAAACCACAGAAUUGGAAACAACAGGGGAAAUACACAAUCAUUUCAGUUAUGGGCGAUCAAGUGGGCAUUUGGCCUAGAUUUGGUCAGUAUCAUUUCAAAUUCAUUGGUCCAUCCCAUAAGAGUAAUGACUAAGUAUAUAGGAUAUAGAAAGUCCCAUGGAAGACUGGAUACUUGGAGUCAUGUUGUCUGUGACUGUGGCACUGACCAGAACCUUGGUGUGUGCCUCUACAGGUGUGUAUGUAUAGAGAGAUGCAGAUCUUAGGUUUUAUUUUGUAAUAAAUCAUGUGGAAAGUAUACUUAAAAUCUUUUCUAAUCAUCUGUAAAUAAAAACAUGAUAUUUUCUACUUAUAAAUAUGUACAAAUUAAGUUCAGAUUUUAUGAUUGUGACCCUGUUAAAGCUCAUGUGAGUGAAGAGUUACAGAAUAGCAGAGCUAAAACAGGUGUGAAAUAUGGAACGUGUGUGUGAUUUGUGUUCAUGUAUGCAAGAAUAUGUUUGAAUGAACUGAUGAUUGAAAUAAAUUAAAACUGAGGUUGA